CGUGCAUUGCGAGGGUAAGACGCGGCAAAGAUACAUACCUUGGCCAUCAUGAGCAUAGGCAUCACGGGAGUUGCGGCGGCCGCUCUCUUCUCAUGUUGCUGCCUGAUGGUUGCACUUCCAGCUAGCGCUGCCGCGGCCAGGGGUGCCGUCAGUGGACCGCGGUACAACGCCGUCUUCAACUUCGGCGACUCGGCUUCCGACACCGGCAACACAUGCACUGAUGGCCGGCCGGGGCCUGCCGGCGUGGUGGGCAUUUUCACCCGGUUGCCCUACGGUGUCACCUAUUUCGGGAAGCCCACUUGCCGGUGCAGCGAUGGCCGGGUCGACAUCGACUUCCUGGCGCAAGCGUUCGGGCUGCCGUUCGUCCCGCCAUCCAAGGCGCACCGCGAGGACUUCAAGCAAGGCGCGAACAUGGCCAUCAUCGGCGGCACCGUACUUGACUACACCAACGCCAGCCUCAAGUUCAGUGCCUACGACGGCUCCAUGAACACCCAGAUCGACAAUUUCCAACAAUUGUUGCCUUCAAUCUGUGGAGCACAGCAGAAUUGCGAGGAAUAUUUGGCGAAGUCCCUGUUUGUGUUUCAGUUGGGGGAGAAUGACUACAGCAUUCAGCUGGUGAAUGGAUCCACGGUAGAUGAGGCCAGCAAGAACAUACCCAAAAUAGUGAACACCAUCAUAUACGGUGUAGAGGAAUUAAUCAAACUCGGCGCAGUUGACAUUGUGGUGUCAAACAUUGCUCCGAUGGGAUGCUUUCCAUUGUACCUGAACAUGUUCGAGAGCUCCAACAAAAGUGACUAUGACAAGUACGGGUGCUUGAGAAACCACAACGCCUUGUUCAAUAGGCACAAUUCUUUCCUUCGGAGUAGCCUCUCAAAGCUUCAAAUGAAGCAUCCACACACAAGGAUCAUGUAUGCCGACCUUGCGAGUCACAUCUACCAAAUAGUGCAAGACCCCAGAAAAUUCGGCUUUGAGACCGCCCUCAUGAGCUGUUGCGGAAAGAGUGGUGCACCGUACAGAUUCGAUUUGUUCACCAUGUGCGGGAUGUAUGGCUCGAGUGUUUGCCAUGACCCGGGGAGCCACCUCCUCUGGGAUGGUAUGCACCUGAGCGACACCGCUAACGGACGGAUCACAGAGGGCUGGCUCAGCGGACCGUACUGCCACCCACCGAUUCUGCAGUGAAGCUCCGAGCUAAAUGGGUGCAUAUGAGGUUAUGAACACACAAAAGGACUUCUGGGAAACUGCAUGCAUGUGUUGUGUGUACUUCCUUUCUGGGAGUAUCCUAUGUACCGAAAUUACAAAAUACUCCCUCCGUCCCAUAAUGUGUAGUGUCAAAACACGACUUACAUCAUGGGACGGAGUAGUAAUAUUGAAGCAUGCUGUUUUCCGGUGCUGAUUAAUGUGGUUGAUGCAAGCUACAUACACGAGUGGACGCGGUCCAUGUGUUUGGCUGAUUCGCUCGGCUUUGUCGGUUGUGAAAGAGUGAACAAGCCAGAGUAAAAAAGACUAGUGCGCACA